AUGACGCUAUACAUGAAUACAUAUGGUAUAAAACACAACAUAUCUUUGUUCAAACUGAAACUCAAGAGAAGUUUACUUUUAUUAUUCUUCAUUACGAUUGUAAAAGAAAUUGCGUGUUAUAGUGUUGAAUUUCAUGAAAGGGGCAAAAAUCACAAGGAAAACGUGGCCAAGAAAAUAGAUGAGAUCAAGAAAAAAAGUAUGGAGAAGGCAAAGCAAGAAGCAGAGCAGUGCAAAGAAUUUGCUGCAAUGGAGGAUGCUGCAAUGAAGGCCUACCUUGAAGAUCUGAAGCGACUUGGUGCAGUAACAGGAGUACAGGACACACGUCAGGCAGCACAACCUGAAAGACAGAGUGGUAAUUCAUUUCAAAGCAAAGUGCAGAAAACACAGGAGGUGAAUCCCAUCUCUUUGCAAGAAACAGAGGAUCAGAAUACAGAUGGAAUGCAGAGGACAGAAGGGUCAGAAGACUAUUCAUUAAGUCAGUCCACAGGAGCAGGCGCUUGGGUGAAGGGAGUUUCCCCAGAGGGCUAUGUCUACUAUUACAACACUGUAACAAAAGUGUCUCAGUGGGAGAAACCCCCGGACUUUCAGGAAGGUUCAGCUGCCAUCAAGGGAAGUGAAUCACAGACACAAAAAUCGACAAGCAAUGCAUGGGCUAAAGGAGUCACUGAAGGAGGUCUUACCUAUUAUUAUAACACUUUAACAGGAGAAUCUAGAUGGGACAAGCCAGAGGAUUUUCCUGAGUGCACUGACACUGAUUCUCGAAGUGAAAGUAGUCAGCAAACUGCUGAACGAGAAGAACCUGCCACAUCUGAGUCGGAGAAGGUGAAAGGUGAAGAAGAUGAGGUGGAGGAGGAGGAGGAGUUGGACAAGGAGGAAAAGCAUGACAAAGCUGCACUAGAAGUGGAGAAUCCCAAAAUGCACAUCAGAAGCCCGGAUAGUUCAAACAGUGAGGAGGAAGAGGAAGAAGAUGAAGAAAGCCAUACUGAAACCAAGGAUGCUGAAAGUGACGACAAAGAAGAAGAAAUAGCUGCAGAAGAAAAAUUGCCAGAAGUACAAAGGAAAGUUAAUCCAUAUGGAACAUGGGAAGAAAUUAAAUAUGAACCAGAUCCCUAUGAGCAAGUGGAUUUGCAGUUACCCAGCACUGAAGAUCAUUACUUAGCACCUGCAGUGUCUGAUAUUCCAUUUGAACCUGAAGUCAAGUUCAAGGAGAAGACCAUCACCUCUUUGGGAGAGAAUUCAGGGGGAGACGCGGUGUUUCGAAAGAGGAAGAUGGAAAAUGGAAAAUCAAGAAAUCUAAGACGAAGAGAGGACAAUGCAUGAUACAUUAGUGUUUGUGUGUGCGUGCGUGUGUGUGUGUAUUUUAAUAGAAGUGACUGGAGUAGAACAGGCACAUUGCUUUUUAAUACUUCAUGAAUUUUAAAAUGAGACAGCAGGUGAACACUCUGAAAUUCAUUACAACACAUAAAAUUGGAGAAAUGGUGUAAACUCUUACGUUCUUGCUUUUAUAUCCAUUUAUUUUGUUUUAUUAUUAUUAUUUUAUUGUUUAAUAUCCUUAGGAAAUUAUUUGCAUUUCUUGAUAAUGCUUGUCUGCACACUGUAACUUGCCCAACAGAUCACAUUUCAGUGGCAUACCAUGCAAUCUGUAGAAAAGAAACUAAACCUGAAGAAAUGUUUGCAACAUAUUUAUCACAUGCUAGUGAUGUAUUGUGUUCUCAUUUAAAAAGUUGAGCCAUACAAGCUUCCCACCGCCAAGUUUGUUCUGCUUUAGCGAGUAGGUUACAUAGUAAACAUGUAAUCAUACUGGUGAAAAAUAAAUAUUCACAAAAAUUA